AUUUUAAUGAUUUUUCUGAAAUUGGUUCUGGAGGUUAUGCCUUAGUUUAUACUGCACAUUGGAAAAACACUACAACAAAACUUGCAAUUAAAGAAUUGUAUAAAAGUUCAAUGAAAGAAAUUGAAGAAAUUAUUUUAAACGAGGUUUAA